CGCCAGAUUUUCCUCUCUCAGCCUAAUCUCCUCCAGCUUCGUGCCCCCAUUAGGAUCUGCGGUGACAUACAUGGCCAAUUCCAAGACUUAUUAAGACUUUUUGAAUAUGGUGGCUAUCCUCCUUCAGCAAACUACCUUUUUCUGGGGGAUUAUGUUGAUCGAGGCAAGAAGAGCUUAGAAACAAUAUGUUUGCUACUGGCGUACAAAAUUAGGUACCCCGACAAGAUCUUCCUUCUUAGAGGGAACCAUGAAGAUGCAAAAAUCAACAGGGUCUAUGGAUUUUAUGAUGAAUGUAAAAGGAGAUUCAAUGUUAGGCUAUGGAAGAUAUUCACAGACUGCUUUAAUUGUUUACCUGUUGCUGCACUUAUAGACGAAAAGAUCCUUUGCAUGCAUGGUGGGAUUUCUCCAGAGCUAAAAAGUUUGGACCAAAUAAACGAAAUUCAGCGGCCAGCUGAGAUUCCAGACGGUGGCUUGCUGUGUGAUCUGCUGUGGGCUGAUCCUGACCCUAGAAUUAAGGGUUGGUCAGAGAGUGAUCGAGGUGUUUCUUGUACUUUUGGACCUGAUGUAGUUGCCGAGUUUUUGGCUAAGAAUGAGUUAGACCUCAUCUGCCGGGGUCAUCAGGUGGUGGAGGAUGGAUAUGAAUUCUUUGCCAAGCGAAGACUUGUGACUCUGUUUUCUGCUCCCAACUAUGGUGGGGAGUUCGAUAAUGCAGGUGCCUUAUUAAGCGUUGAUGAGCAACUUGUAUGUUCUUUUGAAAUAUUGAAACCGAUAUUAUCUAGCGGUUCAAAGUUGCCCCUAAAGAAGCCACCAAAGGUUGGAGGGAUGUGAUACAGUAGAAAGUGUACAUGGAGAUUUAUCCAUAAUAUAGCGAAGAAUGAUAAGCACUACACUUUAUAUUUUGUUAUUAACACUAGCCAUCCUUUCCCAAUACCUUUUUGGCUUUGGAACUGUGGAUGGGCCAUGAGUAUAUUACUACCAAAGGGGAAAAAAAUCUGUAAAUCGGCAACAUAACUUAUAUUCAGAAGAUCUAAGAUGUUUCAGUUUUUAUAGACACAUUUUGUUUCCUUUCUGUA